AUGUCAUCACUAGUACCACAUAUAAGUCCUUUGGCCUAUAAUAGCUCCUAUAAUCCAGGUGAAAGUUUAUUGACUUUCACCUCUAUUUAUGGUGAAGGUACAGACAUUACAUUUAAUCAAAUGCAAGAUUUGGUAGACAAAAAGAUGAGACAAGCUAUUAUGUUUGGUGUAAGAUGUGGAGCAGCUACCUUGACAAUCAUUAUAAUGUGGAUGAUUUCAAAGAGAAAACAUACUCCAAUUUUCAUUAUUAACCAAGUUUCAUUAGUACUUAUUGUUAUUCAUUCCGGUCUAUACUUCAAAUAUUUAUUGUCAUCAAUUUCAUCGCUUGCAUAUUCACUAACAGGGUUUCAACAGGUAGUCACAAGAUAUGAUAUACAUAUAUAUGGUGCUGCAUCAAUUUUUCAAGUUCUAUUGGUUGCCUCGAUUGAAUUGUCGUUAGUAUUCCAAGUAAAAAUUAUGUUUGCAGGUAUCACACAAAAGAAAAUUGGUUAUCUGGCCCUAUUAAUAUCGAGUUGUUUAGGUAUUACUACAGUAGCCGUAUAUUUCACGACUGCAAUUAAAAGUAUGAUCUCGGUAUAUCAAGGUGUUAGUAAUGAUUAUUCUAAAUAUUUCAAUAUUGCUACCAUUUUACUUUCAUCAUCAAUUAAUUUCAUGACUUUUAUCCUUGUCGUAAAAUUACUAUUUGCUCUAAGAUCAAGAAGAUUCUUAGGUUUAAAGCAAUUUGACAGUUUGCAUAUUCUACUAAUCAUGACCUGUCAGUCGUUAUUAAUUCCAUCUAUUCUCUUUAUUUUGGCUUACAGUUUAGAUGCACACAAUGGUACAGAUGUGUUAACAACUGUUGCUACUUUAUUAGUUGUAUUGUCCUUACCUCUUUCUUCAUUGUGGGCUACUUCGAAUAAUAAUGUUUCAAAUUUGAAACCUAUGGAGACAGAUUACUCCCCUGACGAAGGUAGGUUUUAUCCAAACUAUAACAACAAUAAUCAUUUUGGAGGUGAAAGUAUCAAUUCUGAUAACAAAUAUAGUAUUAAAUCAAAAUUACGUUCUUUUUAUCCUCAAUCAAAUAAUAAAUUUUCAUCAGACACUUUAACACAUAAUUCACUGACUAUGGGAGUCUAUGAUGUUGAAAAGAAUGGUUAUUCGCCUGAGAGUUCUGUACAGGACAGAAGUUCAAGUGAACAAGAAAGUAUAAUUUUAAAGGAUACUGAAAAAACACCAAUAACAGUCAGAGAGAAAACUUUAACCAAACAUUUAACCAAGACGACAGAAUGUUCAUCAGAUAUUUAUACUCCUGAUACCCUUGCUGACGAAUCAACCCGUAAUUUUUGGGUAAAUGAUAGAAACAACAGCAUAGAUGGUUAA